GUCGAGGCAUGGGGGCUGGAAGAGAGUGGACUGAGCAGCCCUCGGUGAAGAGAGCAGUUAAAGCACCAGUUACCCCACCAGACCACCAGCUCCUUCCCACCUGAAGAUGUUCAAUCAAAUUUGGGCAGCUCUACUCUACCUCUAUGGCAUUCUCCUUAACUCCAUCUAUCAGUGCCCUGAACACAGUCAACUGACAACUCUGGGAGUGGAUGAGAAAGAGUUCCCAGAGCCCCACCUGGGCCAGUGGUACUUUAUCGCAGGGGCAGCUCCCACCAAGGAGGAGUUGGCAACUUUUGACUCUGUGGACAACAUUAUCUUCAACAUGGCUUCUGGUUCUGCCCCACUGCAGCUCCAGCUUCGUGCUACCAUCCGCAUGAAAAAUGGAUUCUGUGUGCCCCGUGAAUGGAUUUAUCACUUGACUGAAGGGAACACAGACCUCAGAACUGAAGGCCGCCCUGACAUGAAGACUGAGCUCUUCUCCAGCUCAUGCCCAGGUGGAAUUAUGCUGAAAGAGACAGGCCAGGGUUACCAGCGCUUUCUCCUCUACAAUCGCUCACCACACCCUUCUGAGAAGUGUGUGGAAGAAUUCCAGACCCUGACCUCCUGCCUGGACUCCAGAGCCUUCUUACUAACUCCCAGGAAUCAAGAGGCCUGCAAACUGUCCAGUAACUGACCUGUAACUUCAUCUGUGCCCCCAGAACAAUAUAGCGGUUGCUGAGUUGUUGGGGGAAAGAGAAGCUGGAGACUCCUGAUUCCCUUUCAAGGAAAAUAAAAAUGAUUUUUCAAUCCA